ACGUCACAAUUACGCGUCUAUUCAGCGGGACGCUCGCAGCCUUUUGAACCAUCUGCCUGUGUUGCUGCGGAAAAUAACGAUUUUGCAUCUUAAGCAAAGCUGUUUUAGUAACUCGAAACUAUCGAUAUGAUCGAGAAAGAGGACCCGGUAAUCAGCGAGGAGGAAGCGGCACAGUACGACCGCCAGAUCCGGCUGUGGGGGCUGGAUGCCCAGAAGAGGCUGCGGGGCUCCCGGGUGCUCCUGGCAGGUUUAGGAGGUCUUGGAGCAGAACUGGCAAAAAAUCUUAUUCUUGCAGGAGUUAAAGGACUCACUUUGCUGGAUCAUGAACAGGUCUCAGAGGAGUCGUGUCGAGCCCAGUUCCUGGUUCCGGUUUCAGCUCAGGGUCAGAAUCGGGCUCAGGCCUCCCUGGAGAGAGCACAGAACCUCAACCCAAUGGUAGAAGUGCACGCUGACCCGGACAGAGCUGAAGACAAGCCAGACGACUUCUUUCUACAGUUUGAUGCGGUGUGUCUGACAGGCUGCUCCAGAGACCUGAUGGUGCGCGUCGACCAGCUCUGCUCGCAGCACAGCAUCAAGGUGUUCUGCGGCGACGUCUACGGUUACUACGGUUACAUGUUCUGUAACCUGGGACGGGAGCACCACUACGUGGAGGAAAAACUCAAAGUAGUGAAGCCUUCGUCCGAUUCCAGCGACGGUCCAGAACCAAAGAAAGCCAAGGUGGACCCCAACGAGACCACCAUGGUGAAAAAGACGAGCAGUUUCUGCAAUCUGAAGGAGGCCCUGGAGGUGGACUGGACCAGUGAGAAGGCCAAAGCCAGCCUGAAACGAACCCCAGUGGACUACUUCCUGCUUCAUGUUCUGUUAAAGUUUCGCACAGACAAAGGUCGCGACCCGGACCCCAAGUCGUACGCAGACGACAGCGAGCUGCUGAAACAGAUCCGAGACGACGUCCUGGAGGCCAUGGGGCUGAGCAGGGACCUCCUUAACGACGACUUCAUCAGCUACUGCUUCUCAGAGAUGUCUCCGGUCUGCGCCGUCGUGGGUGGAGUCCUCGGGCAGGAAGUGGUCAAGGCUCUCUCUCAAAGAGACGCUCCUCAUCGUAACUUCUUCUUCUUUGACGGUCGUAAAGGCAACGGCAUGGUGGACUACUUUGGACCAAACUGAAGACGCAGCUGAAACUUUGACAGUUUCAACACAAAUACAAGUUCAACAAAUCGGCUUCUGUUGUCCGUCAACAGCAAUACUACAAUAACAUUAAAUAAGCCUGUUGGUCUGUUAA